UUCUCGGACUCUGAAGCACAACUACCUCGUGGGAUCCUUCCAUGUGUCGCGGGUCCAUGCGCCACCCCAGAACUCCCUCUGCGUGACUCUCUCAGCCACUAAUUCUUCUUUAACCCGGACACUCCCUCCUCGACGGUCACUAUGAAGUUCAAUCCCUUCGUGACCUCUGACCGCAGCAAAAACCGCAAACGUCACUUCAAUGCCCCCUCGCACGUGCGCAGGAAGAUCAUGUCGUCCCCGCUCUCCAAGGAGCUGCGGCAGAAGUACAAUGUCCGCUCCAUGUCCAUCCGCAAGGACGACGAGGUCCAGGUGGUUCGAGGGCACUACAAAGGUCAGCAGAUUGGCAAGGUGGUCCAGGUGUACAGAAAGAAAUACGUCAUCUACAUCGAACGGGUGCAGCGAGAGAAGGCUAACGGCACUACCGUCCAUGUGGGCAUCCACCCGAGCAAGGUAGUUAUCACCAGGCUAAAACUGGACAAAGAUCGGAAGAAAAUUCUUGAGCGCAAAGCCAAAUCUCGACAAGUAGGAAAAGAGAAAGGCAAAUACAAGGAAGAACUUAUUGAGAAGAUGCAGGAAUGAAUAUAGCCUGUUGUGUACUAUGAUUUAGCUGUAGGCUUUUAACCUAGUGUAUAUUUCUUUGGAACUCUUCAAAAAAAAAGUCUCUAGAACAUUUCCCUCCUGUUUUGUUAUUCAUCUGUGGCUCUGUAAGUCUACUUUGCAAUUUUAAUAAUUUUAUGAAUAAAAAUUGGAAUUUUUUCCUAAUUCCA